AUGCGGCCCGCUUGGAAACUGAAGGUUUAUAACUUCCGGCUCCUGCUAAUUGGUCCCGUGGGUUCUGGGAAGUCAAGUUUCUGUAACACCGUGACUUCCGUCUUUCGAGACAGGAUCACACAAAGGGCAAUUUGCGGCAAAGCGGCGCACAGCAUUACGUCCGUGUACCACCCAUAUACAAUCAAAAUAAGUUCUGAUGACUGUCUUAACUUCCGCCUGUGUGACACACGUGGACUCGAGGAGGAGCUGGGCAUCGACCUGAUACAGUGCAACCAUCUGCUAGAUGGAAAUCUGCCAGAGUUCUUUCAAUUUAGUGCUGACUCUGGAAUUGACACAAAGGAUUCGUUAUUUGUCCAGGAGCCAACCCUGGCCGACAAGAUCCACUGUGUAGCUUUUGUUCUUGAUGGUGCUACACUUGAUGAACUUCCGCAGCAUAUUCCCCAAGCAGUAUUACUUACGAAAGUUGAUCUCAUCGAUGGUAUAGUGGUCAGUUCUAUUAACACAGUGUUAGAAAGUAUCGACGUCGGGGAAACGGUCCGGGAAGCCGCCGAACUGCUGGGAAUUCCGGAAUACAACAUUCAUCCAAUCAAGAACUACAAUACAGAGGUAGAACUGGAUGAAGGUGUCAACAUCCUCGCCCUACAAGCGCUGCAACAGAUGAUGAACUACGCGGAGGAUUUUAUGGAGAAUAUUCAACAGAGGGAAGGAAAGUCGCUACAGAAUUGUGAGGAAAAGUACAUGUCUGAGUCGGAUGUGAUUGAAGAAGAAGCUGGAACGCUUUAA